CUAUAUCCUGAUGCGUAUUUACAGGCAGGUAUGUGUGUGAGAGUAAAGGUGUGCCUCUGUGCGUGUCUCUAAGAUGUUCACACUCGAGCCCCUCCUCCAGCCAGCCGCCCUCCCCCUCAUCCUCCCCCAAGAUGGCUCCUGCACAAUUCCCAAGGCGCUUCUCCUCGCAGAGAAAAGCUGGGGUUGGUGGCUGAGCCACCCAGGAGUGGGAGUGAGCUCUGGCAUCUGCUGCUCAGGCUUAUUCUCUUCGUUUUUGGCAGGAUCACUUUGGGAUCCUUAUCCCUAUCCAUUUUUGACAAGACAGGGGAUUUCCUGUUCCAGGCAGGAGGGGAAAUCCCUGGGGAAACAAAGCAGCCUUUCUCUUAAGAAAAUGGAAGGGGCAGCUGCUUUUAGGAGCAAGGGGCCUCCUAGUGAAGGUAACACAGAAGGAGAAAUAAUGGAGCAUUUACCAGGCUGUGUGCUCCAUAUAGAAUAGAAUGGCCUUGUUGCUGGCUUUUCAAUCGAUGUACCAAAAGACUUGGGUGCUAGCAGCUUACCUUUCCUAGCUUUGCUACUUGCCGUGGGUUUCUCCCAAGCCAAAUGCCUUUGGGCCCCUCGAGAGCCCAUGUGAGGAAGACAGCCAGUAUUACAGUGCCUGGUCAGAGUCAGUUUCCCUGGAGACUGUUGUAUCCUUAGAUAGCCUGGAAAGCUGUGUGUCUGGAAAGCAGAGGGUUCCACACUGCCUGUGUUUUUCUGCCACAUGUGUUACUCCCCUAUUCUUACAGGACUGUACCUUUCCAAAAGGUAACCAUCUGAAAUGCAUAUGUCAACAAGGUAGGGCUUUCUAGGAAUGUUAUGACCCGCCGCUGUAUUUUUGACUUCAGCUAAAAUCUGAAUUUUUCAACAUGCCAACAAAUUAGCUAAACAUUGGUGUCUGCUCUCUGGUGAUCACCAGACAGAACAGAGGACUGAAUUUGCAGUUAAAUUAUUCACAGCCAUGGAGGCAGCCCAGCUGCAACCUGGUUCCAUUAGUGGAUUGUUAACACUGUAAAAAGCCCAUCUCUCCUGCUUUCUUAACUUGUGUUUUGUACAUCAUGCCUGUACUUUGUUGAUACAAUGGGAUAUCCAGCAAUAUAUUUAAUUAAGGGGGAAGGAGUGGGAGGCUCUUGCCAGGAAAAGCACAGGGAGACCUGGGUGUUUUUAACCCUUCACUGUUUAGUUUCUCUAUCUUAUUUGGGAGGAUUCUUUCAGAUCAUGUUCAAGUGGUAAGACAGUAGCCAAGGUGCUCCUGCUUUAUGAAUUAGCUUCACCAAGACUCUUUUCUGCUGUAGUGAUUUGAUGGUCUCAGGGAGGCCAGUUUGUUUCUCCAGAAGGUUCAAGAAAGCGUACUGGGAUGCCAUUCUGGUGAACAUCAUAAGAAACAGCUGCAGUUGAGAUUUCUGAAAUUGGCCCUGUGGUGUCUGUAGGCAAAGGUGAUCAAUUUGUUGCUAGCUCUUGGUUUCCUACAGGGCCCUGAUGCAGGCAUGAUAUCCUCAGCAACCAGCUUCCUCCUGGAACAUGGCUCUUGUGCAACUGUGAUGCAGGCAGUGAGUUUGGCAAGGCUGCAGAGUACAGUGCAAAGCCUCUGCAAUUUUGAAAUGGGGCUUUAUUCCUCCAGUGCUUCAUCAGGAUACUGCUGGCUUUAUUGUCUUCCGCUAUUAAACUCUCUCCAUUGUAGCCUUUGUUGAGUAUGCCAUAGUACUAGUAGCUAAAAUUUGUGAAGACUUGACUGGGCAGUGAUGCCACAUGCUUAGCACAUCCAUGUUUAUGUAGCUCCUCUUGUCCUUGGACCCUCCUUCCUGUGUCCUGGAAAUGCAGAAGGCUUUUUUGCACCCAGAAAGUCAAAAUUAGGAGAGGCCUCUUUAAAUCCUUACUCCAUUCUGUUGUGUGCACAAUCUACAUAGUGCAAAAGUUAGUCUAUAGUUCAAGAAUUGGUGUUCUUGUUUUUGCCUCAUCUGAUCAGUCUCUUAGUUUACAGUUGAUAUAAGCAUAUUCUAUAAGUGGGGAAUUUAUAUGUUUUUCCGCACACAGCCUUCCAUAGCCCAGUGCCCUCCAAAUGUACAGGACUACAGCAUUCACCAUCCGCUAAUUCAGCACAUCUAGAGAGCACCGGCUUAGGGAAGUCUGCUCUGACAUGAAAACUUCUGCAUGUACUCGUAUGGAUUCCCUCCUCUGCACCACCUCCAUGGGGAAGCUUUCAAUCAUGCCCCCCAACCUGUAAAUUAAGUAUUGCAGAUUAGGAGCCAUUUUGCAAUUUCAUCUAUGGGAACUAGACCUUAGUGAAGUAAAUCAGCUAAUAAUUGUGAAUUUGGAGCCAAAGGGCUAAGAUGGUAGUGCUGAUCAGCGGUUUACUAUGAAAUAAGCUUGGAGAUGUGACCUUGGCAAUACAUUUUUGAACAGAGUUACUGCUUCUAAAUCCUUUCUUGUAUAUUUUUUUUUCCCUGGGAGAAAUGAUACCCAGAUAGGGAGGUAGGCAUUGCCUCCUGUCCAUUUUCAAUGGUUGUGGAAAGCUCUGUAGCGCUUGGGUAUAGAAGACUCCACUGUUUUAUUCUCAAAGAAAGGAAAUGCUUUCAUUCAGGGAAGGGAUGCGGGCAAAUAUAUUGUAUAUGCAGCUAUUUGACAUGACAUGUGGUUUGUGACCAGCCCACUAUUUGCCUGUAUGAAACAACUUUUAACUUUCCUCUGGAUUUAGCUGAGAAUCAGGUGCCUCUCCAUGUUGCUUGAAGUAAUGUCACUUGAACCUAGUUCCUUUUCAGCAAUGGUAGUGAGUCCCAUGAAACUUUUCAUUUUAAUGGACUUGUAUGUUAUGCAAUAAUAUAUUCUUAUGUGAGCUCCUUUCUUCAUCUAACCCUUUCCUGCUGGGGUGAAUAGCCCAGUUCCUACCUUUUAACAAGUCCAAAGAUAGCCAAAGGGACAAAUUAUUCAGAGAUGCUGAUGUGUAGGAGAAGAGGCAGAUUGAGGCAAAAGCAGACUGGGAAACUCCUAGUCUAUUGUCCGGCUUACUUUCUGCCAUUAUCCUGCAAAUUCAUUGCCAAAAGUGACAGGGAAUCCUGCCAAGAGGAUCACACACUCUCCACACAUGUGCAAUGGAAUCUUAGUUGCAGCUUACCAUUUUUGCCUUCUGCAUAAAUGGAGGUCUCACUGCUUGGGACAGCAGGAUUUCAAAGUGAAAGUAGAACAGCCCUCUUAGUCAUAUUGAGAUGCAUUUCCUUCCAAAUACUGUAGAAUUGGCUCCGUUCCUGUUAAGAAAUGGUGAUUUGUCUGCAUCACCUUAUAUGCAUGCGCUUGCUCCCUCAGCCGCCAUGUCUCUUCGAAGGAGUUAAAGGCUUAAAUGGAUGCCUGAAUAUGGAAAUAUGAGAGUGGCCGUGUCUGGGUGGGUUGUCUUGUUCAUAAAGUGUUCAGGGCUGGGUCUGCCUAAUGUCUGAGCUGUCACUGGAGAGAUAAGGGAGGCCCUGCUUCUUGGGAAAGGGACGCAGUGCCUGUCGUGGUUUUCUGGAACAGCACUGUUCUUGGUUUGACUCCAUGUUACAUGUCCCCUUCCCAGUGCUCAAGGGAGAUCUCCCAUUGCUUCAUCUUUGCUGUCAAGGGCAGGAGGAUUAAGAUAUCACUGUGGCUCGGAGCCUGGGUCGGGGCCCCCUUCGCUGUGCCCCCCUGAUGCUGGUUGGCCUGUGCCCAGAAGAUGAGCAGAUUGCUGGUGGGGGUGACCCUGGAGAGGAUCUGCAAAGCUGUUCUGCUCUUAUGUUUACUGCACUUCCUCAUCAUCAUGAUCCUCUACUUUGAUGUCUAUGCCCAGCGUCUGGACUUUUUCAGCCGAUUUAACAUCCGCAAUUCUUCCCGCACUCUACCCUAUGUCAAUGUUUCUCGGCCUAAUAGCACCGCUGGGCCUUUGGGCCCUGAGCUCCUGGUCCCGAGUGCCAAGACUGUUGGCAGCAACAGCACCAUCACCGAGAAGCCCUUACCACCCUGUCCAGAGAUGCCUCCUGGCCUAGUGGGCCGGCUCCUAAUUGAGUUCAGCUCUCCCAUGAGCAUGGAAAGGGUGCAGCGGGAGAACCCAGAUGUGCAGGAAGGUGGCAAGUACUCACCCCCAGACUGUGUGCCUCGCCAGAAGGUAGCCAUCCUCAUCCCUUUCCGCCACCGUGAGCACCACCUCAAGUACUGGCUGCACUACCUGCACCCCAUCCUACGGCGCCAAAAGGUGUCCUACGGCAUCUAUAUCAUUAAUCAGUUUGGGGAAGAUACCUUUAAUCGAGCAAAACUGUUGAAUGUGGGCUUCCUGGAAGCCCUGCGAGAUGAUGAGAGUUAUGACUGCUUCAUCUUUAGUGAUGUUGAUCUUGUACCCAUGGAUGACCGGAAUCUCUAUCGCUGUUACGAUCAGCCCCGGCAUUUUGCCGUUGCCAUGGAUAAAUUUGGUUUCCGGCUACCAUACUCUGGCUACUUUGGAGGUGUCUCUGGCCUGAGCAAGGCACAGUUUCUGAAGAUCAAUGGCUUCCCUAAUGAGUACUGGGGCUGGGGUGGGGAAGAUGACGACAUCUUUAACCGGAUCUCGCUUAAUGGCAUGAAGGUGUCACGUCCUGAUGCCCGCAUUGGGCGCUACCGCAUGAUCAAGCAUGAGCGUGACCGGCAUAACGAGCCCAAUCCCCAGCGGUUCACAAAGAUCCAGAAUACUAAGGUGACCAUGAAACGCGAUGGCAUCGGCUCACUGCAGUACCGCCUGGUGGAGACAUUUCGCCGUCCCAUGUACACCAAUGUAACUGUGGAGAUUGGCAGACCACCACCACGCCCCCCUCGGGGUUGACUUUCUGCUGCUUGGCCUGGCCCAUGGCCCCAUGCAUGAGGAGCUGUGUGGAUCCCAGCCCUGACUGGUUCAGAGGACUGUGUCCUGGCUUGGAGGACGUGUCGGCCUCCUUUGUGGGGAUGGGGGAAAAGGCCAAGAAUGCAUCUUUGCCUUGCCCCAGCCUUUGGCUGAAGCCCAUCUCCUUAUCACCAGUCUGUUCUCCACAGUGCCCUUCACAAGUUGGGGAAUGAAUGUGAGUGUGUUACUGUGCCUGGCCCAGGACUUGGCAGUUCUGGGCACAGCCAAGCCCCAUUCCUGGCUGGAAGGUGCCAAGAGCAGAGGAAGCCUCGGGCAGGUUCUUGACUCUGUAUAUGACCUCCCCUUGGACUCUUCACAGGGUGUGUCCCAUAAGGAUUCCAGAAGUACAAUAGUCGCUCUUUGCUUCCUCUCACAGCCUGCAAGACCACUGUCUUUUGAGCCUUCCUUCCAAGGCAUGGCCUGGUCUCAUGACAACUGCCAGCUCGCAAGAGGUGAAGGUGGUUCUCAGUUGAGGAGAGCUCCAUCCAAAGAGAAGCUACUGCCUGCCUCCAUUCAUGGCUUGGUGCUGUCCCCUGCUGGGUCCUGGAUGUCCCUGCUGGCUCCAGUAAUGCAGGGGUGUUUUAUACAAACCCUCGUUAGAAUACUUGAGUGCUUCCUGGGUUCGUAUGGCAUGCAGCCUGUCCGGCAAGGGGUGCAACAGGUGCUUCUUCCUAGCCAUGUUUGCUCUUCUUCCUAUGGAUGGGGCGAGUUGGUUGGGCAGUACAGUGCCCUUUGUGCAAGGUGAAUUCAUGAUGUGUCUUGGCCUACUCCAGGUGGGCUUGCUUCUCUUUUUCAUAGGCACUAUGGAUCUCUGGCCAUCACUACAGAACAGAGGAAGGCAACGUUGGCUUCCUGCUGUUUCCCCUGAUCCACCACCAUCCCAACCAGCCCACCCUGCCUUACCCAGUAGUCCUACUAGCCCUCCAGCAUCAGCAAGGCAACCUGCCCUCAACCUCUCCUACCGCCUUCCUUGUCCAGCUGCCAUCUUCCACCCUCUCAGGCCAGGCUCCUGGGUCUGACUUGGCUGCUCUUGGCACAUGGCGGCCUUGUGCCUCGUACCUCGAGCUAGAAAGCCACUGGUGUCCCUCGAUUCUGGUUAUGGUGCCUGGCAGGCAGAAUCUCCUGCAUCUGUCUACUUUGGGGUGGCAGCUGGGCCAGGCUUGAAGCCAGGCACCAGUCUGUUGCACAGCCCAGAUGUUGGUGACUUUUGUACAUUUGAAUGUUUUGAUCCCUUUUCAAGCCUAUGGUGAAUGCAGCACUGAUCACUCUGAUCAGACUUUUGUAUUCAGUAAAGUUUCAAAACUUGGAGA